AAACCAGCAGCAGUUGUUGUCAGCACCCACUGCAGAGACCAGCUACUACCUGUUUAAGUCAACAUAUAACCUGCCCAUGCACUGCAACAAAGACUGUAAACUGCAAUAAACUAGCACGUGACUGCACAGACACAGCGUACACCUUCACCAAGUACUGGGGCAACAUGACAUCUACUAAUCGGUGGCUGCUGGCCGGUUUUGCUCUUCUGUACAUUUGUGGAGCAGUUGGAGCCAAAAGGAAUUUCAAAUGUCCUUCAGGAUGCUCCUGCUCCAAGGAGACGAUCAUCUGCGUCGGCACCUCACACGUCCCACGGACCAUACCGAAUGAGAUCAACUCAUUGAGCAUGGUCAAUGGAUCUAUUGCUGAAAUUACAGAGGGAAUGUUUUCACUGAUGCCUUCUCUUCAGCUGUUGCUUCUAAAUGCAAAUUCUUUGACCACAAUUAAAGAUGAUGCUUUCUCUGGUCUUCCACAUCUGGAAUAUUUAUUUAUCGAAGGAAACAAGAUUGAAACAAUCACCAAAAAUUCCUUUCGUGGUCUACGAGAUUUGACUCAUCUCUCCCUCGCCAAUAACAAGAUGAGGUUUCUGCCAAGAGAUCUCUUUUUUGACUUGGAUUCGUUGCUGGAACUGGAUCUACGGGGCAACUCUUUCCAGUGCACUUGUGAGAACAAGUGGCUGAUGACGUGGCUGAAAAACACAAACGCCACAGUAUCGGAUGUCUUCUGCGCAGGCCCCAGCGACAUGAAGGGCAAGCGGCUCAGUGACCUUCCCAUUCCACCGGGCGAGUGUAUCUCCACAGACUUUGUGCGUCAUCAGUCCAUUCCCAUUCAGUCCAUGUCAGCGGACAUCUUCUCCUUCAAAGAGGACAUCUACGUGGCGAUGGCUGCCCCAAACUCCAACAGCUGUGUGGUCAUGGAGUGGGAUCACAUUGAAAUGAAUUUCAGAAAAUUUGAUAAUAUCACAGGAAAGUCUGUCGUUGGAUGCAAGUCGGUCCUGAUCGACAACCAUGUCUUGAUAAUUGUCACCCAGCUCUUUGGUGGCUCCCACAUUUACAAGUUUGACGAUCAACAAAACAAGUUCACCAAAUUUCAAACUAUUGAGGUCUUCAACAUCUCAAAGCCAAAUGACAUUGAGGUCUUCCAGAUGGAUGGUGAUUGGUAUUUUGUGAUUGUGGACAGCUCCAAGGCAGGACUGUCAACUCUGUACAAGUGGACUGACCAACCAGACCGGAACGAAACUGGUUUUUACUCCUACCAGUUUCUCCAUGAGUGGUUUCGCGAUACAGAUGCUGAGUAUGUGGAAGUGGACGGGAAGUCCUACCUCAUCUUAGCCAGUCGAUCUCAGCCGCCUGUCAUCUACCUGUGGAACAAAAGCACCCUGAAGUUCAUACUUCACGGUGAAAUCCCAAGUGUUGACGAUGUGGUGGCAGUCAAGGCUUUUCGGGAGGAAGAUGAGUUGUAUCUGGCUCUGACCUGCUACAUCGGUGACUCCAAAGUCCUCAAAUGGACCAAUAAGCAGUUCACUGAGGUGCAGACUUUGCCCUCUCGGGGAGCAAUGAUCCUCCAACCUUUCUCCUUCUCAGACAGACACUACCUUGCUCUUGGCAGCGAUUACUCAUUCACACAGAUCUACCUCUGGGAUGUGGAGACCAAAACUUUUCACAAGUUCAAGGACAUUUAUGUGCAGUCACCCCGGUCGUUUACAGUGGUGACCACUGACCGGAGGAAUUUCAUCUUUUCUUCCAGCUUUAAGGGCAAAUCCAUGGUUUUUGAGCAUAUUAUCGUAGAUCUAAGCUUGUAGUGCCUAGAAAUCCAUGACUAAUCACAGUAUGUGUUGGUCACUCAGAUCAUUUUGUGUAUGCUACAAAGGAGUCUCAAACCCUGUAUAUCUUUCUUAUACAACUAGAUAUAUCUUUCUUGGUUUGAGACAAACAUUUUUUGUUUUCUGCUACUCAUAUACUCUAGCAAUUAUGGCGGUGCCAUUACUAAUAAACCCCAAGUAGAUGACUUAAAACUGAAGGCAGACAGAAAUAAAAAGCAAUGGCAACUUUUGAAAUGCUAACAGCAUGAAGAUAAUUUUAUGGCAUACAAGAUAUUAUCUUAAGAGGUGCUGGCUUUUAUCGCAAUUCUGUCAAACAAACAAUGGGUGAGCCCAGGGCUGAUCAUUCUGACUAAGACUACCAUUGACUAUAACCUCGGCCACCGCACAAGUGGUAAGAAACCUAAAUAGAGAGAUGAUGGUGCACACUUUUAAGACAGUCCCUAAUUGAAGGUAUCCUUAGUGUUGUAUUUGCAGUACACACAAAAAGUGACAGUGAAAUAAAAGAAGAGCUCAAGCCUUUGAAGAAGGCGCGCUUGUUGAAAAAGAUAGAUACAGAGAUUGUCGUAUGUAGCCUAAAAAACUUGAUGUUGUAAAACUGUUGGGGGAGCGGGUUUCAAAGACUCAUUCUGGCUCUACCACUGUAACCACUACGUUUUUCCUAAAAUGCGCUAAACUCUGUAAGUGAAGUGAUUUGUUUGAGACACUGUUUUGACUGAUAAUUUAAAUGUGCAUGACACAGAGUUUUUUUUUUGUUCACCAGAAUUACAUCAGAAUGUAUUGGCUACAUAUUAUGAGCUUAAGUGUAAGUGCACAACAUUUAUAACAAGCUACUGUAUGAACAGAGUGCCUGAUUAGUGGCAAAACAAAAUAUAAUUUACCCCUGAUUUCUAUGCAAAAUGUAUAAUACUAAGUGUUGCUACAAUCUCAAGGUUAAUUGUGUGCUACUGUGUGACUUGAAAUGACAUUUAAAUGAUUCUAAACCACAAACGUGUCUUUUCUUUACUGAUUUUUUGAUAUUUUUCAUGUACUGUACAGGUUUAAUUACAGUCUCUUUGGCUUGGAAUAUAAAUCUUUUUCACAUAAAUAACAAAGGCAUGGUGUGCUAGUUAGGCCACAGCCAUUUAAUUCAAAAAAUGCUAACAUUAUUUCUUGAAAACAAAACAUUAUUGCCCUUCUAGCUUUCCUCUGGUCUUAUAUAGUAAUGAUGUUUAUAUAUGUUUUUCUCUGCCUGCCCUAAAGCAAUGAUGAAGAGCUGAACUUUUACACAGCGCUACAUCUACAACCUUUAGUCCCUAUGUAAGAAUGAGUUUGUGGAAAUGCAUUAAAGAACAUUUAACCACA